UUGAACUCUGACGAUCGUGGAAAGGAAACAAGACAUGGACGCUGAAGUUUUGUAUCGUCAUUCUUAUAUGUAAAUUUAAAUGUAUCUUUGUACUUCGAUGAGUUAACUAAUUCUGCUCGAAAUUAAAAUGGCCGUAGACUUACUUAUCUGAUCAAUAAAAAGUUAAUAAGAAGACGAAUAAGGUGAGCAUACAGCAGCUGGAUAAGAAGAGCCUGAUGAAUUUUCGAAUAAUCGAUUAAUAGAAGAUUAUUAAUUUGGUUGCUGUGCAAUCCCCUGAGGGGACAAAAAGAAUAGAAUGCAAGUCAUCAGAGAGUAUGAUGUCCUUUAUGACAAAGGUUCAAAGUGCCUUUGAACUUGACAGUUGCUUCGAUUGUAAUUUAUAUAAAGAUAGAAGCAGACGUCAGCCAUUCAUAGUUACAGAAAGGAAGCGUCUUUCUCAUUAUGACAUAAAACAUGGUGAUACAGUCUACUUAGCAUUCUCGUCUCAAAAGAAUGAAAAACCCCCAUCAUCAUCUUCAAAUUCAUCAGUUCGUGAAUCAUCUCCAAAAGAUUCUGUUUCAUUAGCUGAUAACAGGACAGAUAUUCCCACAAAUUUUGUUGAAGACAAAGUAGACACAUAUUUAUUUAAACAAAAUGGUUGUAUACAACGAGAUAGAGAUCCUAAAUUGUGUCAGCAUGGAGCUCAUGGCAAAUGUGUACAUUGUGUCCCGGUAGAGCCUUAUGAUGAAGAUUAUUUGCGUGAGCAGAACAUCAAGCAUAUGUCUUUUCAUUCGUACCUUAGGAAAUUAAUGGGAGGCAUUGAUAAAGGAAAAUUUGCUGCCUUAGAAAAUAUUAGUUGUAAAAUUAAGAGUGGUUGUAAAGAACAUCCACCUUGGCCACAAGGUAUUUGUACCAAAUGCCAGCCAAAUGCUCUCACCUUAAAUCGUCAACCCUACAGGCAUGUUGACAAUGUUGUUUUUGAGAAUCCAUUCCUUGUAGAAAGAUUUUUAAACUAUUGGCGGUGUACAGGAAAUCAAAGAAUAGGACUUCUGUAUGGCUAUUAUGAACCCCAUAAAGAUGUACCAUUAGGAAUAAAAGCUACAGUUACUGCUAUAUAUGAGCCUCCACAGAAUGGGUCCCGUGACUUUUUACGUCUCUUUCCCGACCAGAAGGCACAAAUUGUAGAUAAAAUAGCUGAGGCUUUGGGUUUAGUAAAGGUGGGGUGGAUAUUUACUGACCUUAUAGCCGAAGAUUUACAGAAAGGCACAGUAAAACAUAUUAGGAAUAUAAAUUCACAUUUUCUAAGUGCCCAGGAAUGCAUUAUGGCAGGUUAUUUUCAAAAUAAACAUCCAAAUCCAUGCAAGUUAUCACCAGAUGGAUAUUUUGGCUCUAAAUUUGUUACAGUAUGUUUUACUGGUGAUGCAAAUAAUCAUGCUCAUAUGGAAGGCUAUCAGGUUUCUAAUCAGUGUAUGGCUUUAGUCAGGGACAACUGCUUACUCCCCACACUAGAUGCUCCUGAACUUGGUUACGUCCGAGAAUCCAGUAAUGAGCAGUAUGUUCCAGAUGUUUUCUAUAAAGUAAAAGAUUCCUAUGGUAAUGAAAUAAUUCAGCUAGCACGACCUCUACCUAUUGAGUAUUUACUUGUUGAUGUUCCUGUCUCUACACCGAAUGAACCACAGUUUACUUUCUACGCAGAUGCUAGUAUCAAGCCAUUUCCCGUGGAAAACAGACUUGAUGAACAUGUUCAAGACUUUCCUCAUUUGGUUUCAUAUUUAAGACAGUUUAAUUCGGAGCAGUUUCUGGAAGCAAUGUCUGAUUUUCAUUUACUAAUAUUUAUUGCUACAAUGGAUGUCUUGCCUCUUAUGGAUGAUAUGGGUCCAUUGCUAGAAGCUAUAAAAAACAAAGAUAGAGAUCUGGCUAUCAAUUGGUCAAAAAGUGAACGAUGGGCAACUGUUGAACAUUUACUUGACGCUGAAGGCUCUUCAAUCCCUCAUACUCAACCUUCAGAAGGUCCUCAAGAACCAGGUGAUUCAGCAACUGCCAUGUGGAUCUGCAGGCAUUGUACUUUCCUGAACCAGCCCCAAGUGAGCACAUGUGAAAUGUGCGGCCUUCCUCAGUGAAUAAGACUUUUUCCUGCCACAGGGCUGUUUUAUAGUGAUUGCAGCACUAUUAAUAUAUGGCUUGACUGCUAAUUGUGAUAAUUUCGCUACAUGAAGAUCCUCAUACCAGAGAACUGUGAUUUUUCAAAAAGAAACUUUUGAACAUUUAAUUCCAAGUCCAACAGUGCCUCUGGUUUCAGUAGCUUUCAUCGGUUUUGCAAUUCUUGGAUCUGCUGUCCAAGAUACACUGCUGAUGAUCACCAUUGCAAUAUUCUCAUGUUUCUAAAUUUAUGCUUCGAAAAAAUCACAGAUUAAGUUUCUUAGAGACUUAACGCAUGGAGGCCAUUAUAAUUAUUAACAACGGAAGUUUUAUAAAAGUAAAUCUUCGAGUAUUUAAACAGCAAAAAUAAGUUCCAUAUGGACGAUAAACUUCGUUACAGAUCUGUGUUGCUUUCUACUUUUACAAAAAUUAAAUAAUAGUAAAUAUAAUGCAUGUAUUUAAAAAAGAAUUGCAUUUAGUGUUCACUUUAUUUAAGUGGCAUGGAUUUAUCUGAUCACAUUAUACAGUGCAUUUACAAAAAUUAAUAAAAUCAUUCAUAUCUUA